AAGGGACCGUAGGAAGCACAAAAGAAAAGAGGCAUGAUUAGGAAGUUGAAUUUUCAGAACCACCAGCAGCAUUGUCAUCAUCAUCUUCAUCAUAAUACACACCUACUACUACUAAUAAAAGGGCAAUAGCACUCUGACUGCUAAAGGGCCAAAAAAAAAAAAAAGGGAAACCAAAGAAAAGCAAUCACAAAGAAAGAUAGAGAGAAAAGAAAUCCAAAAGUCAUCCCUCUUUACAAAGUCGCGGGUUGGGUUUGUGCUUUGUAAUGAGGGAGGACAUUGGAUCCAUAACUAUCAUCCACUUCACUUUGCUGGAACGAGCAGAGCCAUCAUCAUUCAUUUCAUUUCAUUUCAUCUUCUUCCUCAGCUUGCUCCAAUUUUCAAAGUCUUAAAAUCAGCAAUGCCUUUGUUAACAUAUUAAUUCUGUUUACUACUCGUGAGAGACCCAAGCCAGGAUAUUGCAGGAUUGCAAAAGAAAAAAGAGGAAAAAAAAAAAAACUUGCUUCUUCGUACUGAUACAAGUAGUAGACUAGUAGGAAAUCAAUGGGCGCUCGUUGCUCCAAAAUAUCCUUCUGCUGGUGGCAUUCCCACCUCAAGCCUUCCGUCCUCCAAUCCUCCUCCGAUCUCGAGAAUGGGGAGAAGAAUGACAAAAAUGCAUUGCCCAGCUUCACUGAAUACAGCUUUGAGGAGUUAAAAGCAGCAACCAAUGGCUUCUCCCCCGAAAACAUUGUGUCGGAGCACGGAGAGAAAGCUCCCAACGUGGUUUACAGAGGCAGGCUCCACCACACCGGUAGCUGGAUUGCCGUCAAACGCUUCAACAAGUCCGCCUGGCCCGAUUCUCGCCAGUUCAUGGAUGAGGCCAGGACAGUGGGGAAUUUGAGGAGCGAGAGAUUAGCGAAUCUUAUAGGGUGCUGCUGCGAGUCGGAGGAGAGAUUGCUGGUGGCGGAGUUUAUGCCCAAUGAAACGCUCGCCAAGCAUUUAUUUCAUUGGGAAAACCAGCCCAUGAAAUGGGCAAUGAGGCUGAGGGUGGCAUUGUACUUGGCACAAGCUUUGGAGUACUGUAGUAGCAAGGGAAGGGCAUUGUACCAUGAUCUUAAUGCUUACAGAGUCCUAUUUGAUCAGGAUGGUAAUCCUAGGCUUUCUUGCUUUGGCUUGAUGAAGAAUAGUAGAGAUGGCAAAAGUUACAGCACAAAUUUGGCUUUCACUCCUCCGGAAUACUUAAGGACAGGAAGAGUGACACCAGAAAGUGUAGUUUACAGCUUUGGAACCAUGUUGCUUGAUCUUUUGAGUGGCAAACAUAUUCCACCCAGCCAUGCACUUGAUCUCAUUCGGGGGAAGAAUUUCCUGAUGCUGAUGGAUUCUUGUUUAGAGGGUCAUUUUUCUAAUGAUGAUGGAACUGAACUGGUGAGGUUAGCCACCCGAUGUUUACAAUAUGAAGCUCGUGAGAGGCCUAAUGCAAAGUCACUUGUUACUGCUCUUUUGUCCCUUCAAAAAGAUUCAGAGGUUCCUUCUUAUGUUCUGAUGGGCAUAUCUCAUGGUUCUGCAAGCCCAGUGGAACCAUUGCUGUUGACACCUAUGGGUGAAGCUUGCUUGAGAAUGGAUCUCACUGCCAUACAUGAAAUGUUGGAAAAGGCUGGAUAUAAGGAUGAUGAAGGAAUUGCAAAUGAGCUUUCUUUCCAGAUGUGGACAAAUCAAAUGCAGGAAACUUUGAAUUCUAAGAAGCAAGGAGAUGCAGCUUUUCGAGCAAAGGAUUUCACCACUGCCAUUGAUUGUUAUACACAGUUCGUUGAUGGUGGAACCAUGGUGUCACCCACUGUAUAUGCCAGACGCUGCUUAGCCUAUCUGAUGAGUGAAAUGGCACAAGAAGCUCUGGGGGAUGCUAUGCAAGCUCAUGUAGUAUCGCCCGAAUGGCCCACUGCCUUCUACCUUCAAGCAGCCGUCCUGUUCACCCUAGGGAUGGACAAUGAUGCUCAAGAAUCACUUAAAGAAGCCACAAAGUUUGAAGCAAAAAGGAACAAGAAUUAGAUGUGUAAACGUUUGCUAUAUUGGUUGUCAAAAAUUCUUAAAAUUUCUUGUAUGUAUUAUUGCCCAGUUCCUUUUGCAUCUCAAGCGGGUAUCAGGGGAGGAAAAAAAAAUUUUAAAAAUAAAAAAAAAUAUGGAGAGAAAAAAAAUCUGUUGGUGGUUUUUAA